AUGCUGGGCUUCCUGGGGAGCACGACCCUCGUGGGCUUGAUCAUAGGCACUGCUGUGGCUCUUCUGCUGCUGCUGCUGGUGGCCGCCUGCUUGUACUGCAGACAGGAGGAGCCUGACGUGGAGAGGAACCACCCUGCUGCAAGGAGAAACCGAGUCCGGUGGGCCCAGCCUCCGAUCUCCUCAGGCCGGGGCCACCUGGGACGCUUGCACCAUUUCCGUUAUUCUGGUCGUGUGCCUCACAUGCCCCAUGCGACCCUCCAUCACCACCAUCACCUCGCCCACCACGCCCACCAGGCCCAGCGAGGCCGCCGCUGA